GCGGUCUCGUGCGGAGGGCAGGGAGCCGAGUCGUGCCGGGUCGGUGUAGCUCGCUGCCAGCGCUGCGACGCUCGUGGGUGGCGUGUUCGGCCCUUCCUGUCUGCUUCGGUGCACUGCUGCAGCUCCGGCUUCGGGUCUGACGCGCCACAGCAUGGCUUCCGCUUUGGAGGAGUUGCAGAAAGACCUAGAAGAGGUCAAAGUAUUGCUAGAAAAGUCCACUAGGAAAAGACUACGUGAUACUCUUACAAGUGAAAAGUCCAAGAUUGAGACGGAACUAAAGAACAAGAUGCAACAGAAGUCUCAGAAGAAACCAGAACUUGAUAAUGAGAAGCCAGCUGCUGUGGUUGCGCCUCUUACAACAGGAUACACCGUGAAAAUCAGUAAUUAUGGAUGGGAUCAGUCAGAUAAGUUUGUGAAAAUUUACAUUACUUUAACCGGAGUUCAUCAGGUUCCCACUGAGAAUGUGCAGGUACACUUCACAGAGAGGUCAUUUGAUCUUUUGGUAAAAAACCUCAAUGGGAAGAAUUACUCCAUGAUUGUGAACAAUCUUUUGAAACCUAUCUCCGUGGAAAGCAGUUCAAAAAAAGUUAAGACUGAUACAGUUAUUAUCCUAUGUAGAAAGAAAGCAGAAAACACAAGAUGGGACUACUUAACUCAGGUGGAAAAAGAAUGCAAAGAGAAAGAAAAGCCUUCCUACGACACUGAGGCAGAUCCUAGUGAGGGAUUAAUGAAUGUUCUAAAGAAAAUUUAUGAAGAUGGAGACGAUGACAUGAAGCGAACCAUUAACAAAGCAUGGGUGGAAUCCAGAGAGAAGCAAGCCAGAGAAGACACAGAAUUUUGAGGCUUUUAAAAAUCCUUAUGGGAACUGGGAUGUGGAAUGCUCAUGUUUCCAGUAAGGGAAUGUUGUUGAACUGCACAUAUUUGUUCAUGUGGGUAUGUAGUUUUGACAGAUAACUAUUUACACAGCCUUCUAAGUAAAGACAGCAGAUUCUCCAUUUCUUACUGGAGGAUUUGAUUUAAAUAAAUAAGCUUAUUAACUUUUUCCUUCAUUAGCCUCCCAGACAUUUUGUUUCAGAAAAGGCUAUAUGGCAUUCUUACUGAAAUGUAAAAAGGAAGUCUUACAUAAUGAAAAUGUUACAUGACAGAUUUUUGUUCUGGCUGGGAAAUAGAAAACAAAAGUCUCUGUCUAUCUGUAACUGACAUUAGUAAUGUAAAAAAUAAAAGCAAGAUUUUUGCAUAAAAUUCAAAUUUGUACAUGAACUUGCAAGUUACUAUAGAGCUGUUUUCCAUUAUUACCAGCUUAGGCAACAUGUAAGCCAUGUGUUACCAUGUACUAAUUGAUUUAAGUAUAUUUAUGACUAUAAAAUUAAAAUACAAAUGACAAAAAUAGACAAACAUCUUAUGUUGAUACGUACUGUCAUGGAUCAGAUGGCUUAAAAAGUAACCAUGAUGCGAAAACUUGAAAACCCCCUUUAUUCCUUUGUUCAAUAAAGUUGGAGUUUUACUUAAAAGAUAA